AUGCAUGAGCCCUUCUACUAUCAACCGUACUCAUUCAAUUUAAAUACUACAGAGCUCGUGAAGCUCGGUUUUCCGCCGGAGAGCUCAUCGAGAGCGGAUGGAUCAAAUGAGGAGAAGAAAAUUGGGGCAAGGAGAUCGAGAACUGCUUUCAGUGAUACACAACUUGAGGAGCUAGAGAGCUGCUUCUCGAAAUGUCAAUACCCGGAUUUGUCGACGAGGGAAAGACUCGCGAAACAAGUCGAUCUGCCAGAAUCACGUAUUCAGGUUUGGUUCAAGAAUCGUCGCGCUAAACACCGUAAACGACUCAACAAUAUUAGAAGAGAGGAUUUCGAGGAAAUGGGAGAGAACGAAAAGAAUAAAAUCAUCAAUAAGACGAAUCAGAAGAAUGCCGAGAACUCGAUUAUCACAUGGACUCCAGGGACAGCUUUUCAGGGAAUGAUCACCCCGAGUUUCUCCUAUACAUCCACGUUUCCCAUCGCGAGUCUACCAUUUUCAGGAGUUUGUUUUAAACUU